GCAUCACAGAGGGACUGACACUCCUUCUUGGACUGCGGACUGCUCUUGGUCAGAAUCUUUCUCACAGCUUGCUCUAGUCUCAAUUCUUUUUUACUUUGCUUGCACCGAUUAGAUUAGACUGACUAGUGAAAGGCAAAAAUGAGACAGAGCAUGACCACCUCUAGUAUGAGGAGCGGUGGAUUACAAAGAACGGCUCAAUCAAUGAUUGUGCCAAGUAGCAGGCAAAGAAUGAGCUACGUGUCCACGUCCAGGGCAGCUCCUGUUAGCAGUUCAUUCUCAAGUUCCAGCAGCUAUAUGGGUGGUGCUGGUGGGUUUGGUGGUGGUGGUGGCGGCCUUGGGGGUGGUGGCGGCUUUGGGGGUGGAAUGGGAUCAUCAAUUGGUGGUGGAGGAGGAGGAUUCGGUGGAGGAUACAGUAGCCUUGGUGGCGGAUAUGGUGGCGGAUAUGGUGGACUCGGUGGCGGUGGAUUUGGUGGUGGAUUUGGCGGUGGAAUGGCUCCACCAAUGCCAAUCACAGCAGUCACCGUUAACCAGAGUUUACUGGCCCCUCUCAACCUGGAAAUUGAUCCCAACAUUCAGCAAGUCCGAACCCAAGAAAAGGAGCAGAUCAAGACCCUCAACAAUCGCUUUGCCUCCUUCAUUGACAAGGUCCGCUUCCUGGAGCAGCAGAACAAGAUGCUGGAGACCAAAUGGAACCUCCUGCAAGAGCAAAGUGGUAGUGGUCCAGGUGGUGCAAGAUCCAAUAUUGAACCCAUGUUUGAAGCCUACAUUGCCAAUCUGCGUCGGCAACUGGACGGCUUGAACAAUGAGAAAAUUAAACUGGAAAGUGAUUUGAAAAACAUGCAAGGCUUGGUGGAAGACUUCAAGAACAAGUAUGAAGAUGAAAUCAACAAAAGGGCUGCAGUGGAAAAUGAUUUUGUCCUGCUGAAAAAGGAUGUUGAUGGUGCUUACAUGAACAAGGUUGAACUGGAGGCCAAGGUCGAGGCACUUCAAGAUGAGAUUAACUUCUUGCGUGCCCUCUACGAUGCGGAGCUCAAUGAAUUACAGAAUCAGGUUAAAGACACCUCAGUGAUUUUAGAGAUGGACAACAGUCGCAAUCUCGAUCUGAACGCCAUCGUGGCAGAAGUGCGCGCUCAGUAUGAAGACAUUGCCAACCGUAGCCGAGCAGAGGCUGAGAACUGGUACAAGCAGAAGUAUGAGGAGAUGGCAACGUCAGCUGGAAAACACGGUGAUGACCUGAAAAACACCAAAUCUGAAAUAUCAGACCUGAACCGUUUGAUCAACCGACUGACAGCUGAAAUUGAAGCACUCAAGGGACAGAGAGCGAACUUGGAGACGGCAAUUGCUGAAGCAGAGGAACGUGGGGAGCUGGCAGUGAAAGAUGCAAAGGCCCGCAUUGCUGAUCUGGAGGCCGCCUUGCAGAAAGCCAAACAAGAUAUGGCCCUGCAGGUCCGUGAAUACCAGGAGCUGAUGAAUGUCAAGCUGGCCCUGGACAUUGAGAUCGCCACCUACAGGAAACUACUGGAAGGCGAGGAGAGCAGGCUCAGUUCAGGAGGAGGUGCAGUCACGGCUGUCCACGUUCAGUCAUCUUCUACUAGCGCUUCAUCUGGUGGAGGAGGAGGAUUUGGAAUGGGAGGAGGAGGAGGAGGAUUUGGAAUGGGAGGAGGAGGAGGAGGAUUUGGAAUGGGAGGAGGAGGAGGAGGAUUUGGACUUGGAGGUGGAAUGGGAGGAGGAGGAGGAUUCAGCAGUAGCAUGUCACGUAGUGGUGGCGGUGGCCUCUCAAUGGGUGGGGGACGCAUUUCAAGUUCCUCAAGCAGCGUGACUCAAACAAGACGUUUUUAGCACACAAACUUCCUCUUUCCUGACAAAGUACCACACAACACAUUCAACAACCUGAGUGUGUUCUAAAUGCUUUUUCCUUGUCUUAGUUUUUCUUAUUAGCUCACACACCCAAAAAACAUACUUAUUGUCAGCAGGAGAACAUCAUAGAUGUGACACAGUGAGAUGUGAUUUGGAAAGGUUAUGUACUAUUAGACAAAAAAAGCUAAGUCAUCUUUAACAAGGCCAUGUUAACAGAUAACUAAACAAUUAGGGACACCACAACAGAAGAUCACCCAAUAUAAGCAUUGACCAUAAUUAAAGAUCCCCUCAACAUUUAUAAAGAAAGCUUUCCGCCAGAACACUAAACAGAAUUUCCUAAAUAUGGGGACAAGUCCCACACACUCAGUUUUCUGGUUUAGUUCCUGCUGCCACCCAACACUUCACAUCUGAUCAAGUGAACCUGGUCUGUACACUUUCAGGACUACAAUUCAUGAAUAUGUAGAACUUUCCACUCUUUUUUUCUCCCAGCCCCUAAGAAAAAGCGCCGACUUGCUCAGUUUCUUUCCAUAACCUGUGAGCAAGCAGAUAUUUUGGUCAAGCUCUUCCUCAUUUCAAGAAAUAGGUCAGGAUUGGCAGAGAACACACUUGAUUACAUAUCAGCAAACUUCAUUACUUUACAGUGUUUUUACUGUAUAGUGAAAUCAUGAAACAAUUGAAUUUGUAUUUUGUUAUAAGCAAAGUGCAACCUUAUGGAGCAUUCCCAACAAAAUAGUUUUGUAUUCAAUGAAAAAAUAAAAGAUGUUUUACCAGGUGCUACUAAGACUAUGGCUCUGCCCAAGGGAGACUCCAAGGAGUUGCCACAUGCUAGACUACAAAGAUCCAAUGAGAUCAAGUGAGAUGAAGUGUGUGUAUAGACACUGGCUGGGUCAUCGAGUGCCAUAAUUCUCAGGGACUUCUGAAUGUUUCCUCAGAGUACAAGGAAGCAGCCUGUUUGACACCUUGAGGGAUGCUGAAAGUGGGCAUCGUGUUGUUCUUAACGUGCAUUGAGCACUCGGGGUAAGCUAGGCCUAUUGUUCCAUGAGAACAGCCUUUGUGUCCAUCACUCAUAUGACUAUGUAAACUUCUCUGUUCUGGAUGUUCUGCUACUAAUCAGUCAUCUGAAAUAAUCCUGAUUAUUAUUACUGAGGAACUGCUGAAGAGAAAACCCUAACAACUGACCUCUGAAACAGAUUGGCUCUGUAUUGCAAACAAUCCAAUAAACCUGUAUUGACCAAA